GCUUCGUCAGCAAUCAGCAUUCUCGUCCGAGAGGCCAGUCGCGUUGCGUUCACCAUGGCGGUAGUUUAACUUUCGUUCUUCCAAAACUCUCCCGAGUCAAUUUCACAUUCUGCUGCAGUGCCAGUGACUGUGAAAGGAACGUAACUCAGCCCGCGCACAUUAACACCAUCCCGUUCCCAUCCCUCUUUUCCUCGCACAUCUCGCUCGCAAAGACACAAAAAGUCGUCGAGAGGUUAGGCGCGGUUUUCAGUGAAAGUGUUCACGUAUCUCGACCCAAUUAGAGCCUCUGUUUCUCUCUCUCUCUCUUUCCUCCACAUUCCUAUGUUCCUCGUUAAUUUCUCGAUCUUGAUGUCUGGUACCUAAUAUACAUUCCAAAGUUCGACGCUCGAAUUGUGUCUGGUGUUCGAAACGCGACCAUGAACGGCGAUGAGAAACGUGACGUAAUCCGAGUUGGAUCUCGGAAAAGCGAGUUGGCCAUGAUACAAACUAAACACGUGAUACAAUGUCUGAAAGAAAUUUAUCCGAAAAAAGAAUUCGAAAUAGUAACGAUGAGUACUAAGGGAGAUAAGAUUCUGGACAAGUCUUUGCCGAAGAUCGGGGAGAAGUCUUUAUUUACGGAAGAGCUGGAGCUGGCUUUGGAAGAGGGUCGCGUUGAUUUCGUCGUGCAUUCACUGAAAGAUUUGCCAACGACGCUGCCGGCAGGAAUGGCCCUAGGCGCAAUAUUAAAACGCGAGGAUCCACGUGACGCGGUGGUCAUGUCGAAGAAAUUCAAAGACAAGACAUUGUCCUCAUUGCCAAAGGACAGUGUCAUAGGUACUAGCUCUUUACGCAGGUCCGCGCAAUUAUCACGGAACAUGCCGCAUUUGAAGGUGGAAAACAUUCGCGGUAACUUGAAUACCAGAUUGAAAAAACUAGACGACGAAAAUGGGCCUUACGCCGCGAUAAUUUUAGCCGCUGCUGGUUUAAAGCGAAUGGGCUGGGAAGACAGAAUAAGCCAGCUUCUGGAACCCGAGGAAGCUCUCUAUGCCGUCGGCCAGGGUGCGCUGGGCGUCGAAUGCCGAGAGUCGGAUUGGGAUAUACGUUCGAUCUUGGAGCCGUUGUUCGAUUUAGAAACAACACUGACAUGCGUAUGCGAGCGUUCAUUUCUGAAAACUCUCGGCGGCGGAUGUUCCGCGCCAGUCGCGGUGGCUUCGUCUUUGGAGAAGAACGAGUUGACGAUUACCGGUGCUGUGUGGUCUCUAGACGGUCAAACUCUGAUUACAGAUACCUGCAAAAGCAAGUUGUAUUUACCCGAUGACGAUGGCGAGCCUCCUCGGAAAUGCCCAUAUCAGGAACCACGCCUUUAUUGUAGCGUUGUUCCCAGUAAAAUAAGCAGUAUAAGUCUUCUCGGUGCAGAGGUUCUUGGUAAAGAUCUGGCUAAGAGUCUUAUAAAGAAAAAUGCCCUCGACGUAAUGUCGCAAGCUAGAAAUGAAAUCCUAGAUUCAAAAUAAUUGUCAAAUACGAUUUUUGGUUGCAAAUGUGCCCACAGAGAGAAUGUGUAUUAUUAAUGUGAAUGACAAUUAAUUAAUAAUUCCCCCGAUCUGUCGACGCCCGAUGACUGUGUGAACACCCGUUAUAUAUUUCUACUUGUGCAUGCUCAAGAUGGAAAACUCGAUUUAAGUUCAAAUCAUAUUUAUUGUUAUUUCAUUUACUGUUGCUGUCCUGAAUUCGCGUAUGUCGUACACAUUUUGUUCAUUCUAUUUAACGAGUCCGGAAAAGUACAAAGCAAUUGUAAAUAUAGCACUGAAAAAUAUUGGGAAUAAUCGUGUAAAAUAUAUAAUACAAUGUGUUUCUGUUUUGAUUAAAUUGUACUCACGAAU